AUGAGGAUGCUUCUGUGCUUGAACGUUCUAACUCUCAGCUGUGUCUGGGCCAUUGCUAUGGAGAUCCCCAUGAGCACAGUGGUGAAAGAGACCUUGAUACAGCUGUCCACUCACCGAGCUCUGUUGACGAGCAAUGAGACGAUGAGGCUUCCUGUUCCUACUCAUAAAAAUCACCAGCUAUGCAUUGGAGAAAUCUUUCAGGGGCUAGACAUACUGAAGAAUCAAACUGUCCGAGGGGGCACUGUGGAAAUACUAUUCCAAAACUUGUCAUUAAUAAAGAAAUACAUUGACGGACAAAAAGAGAAGUGUGGCGAAGAGAGGCGGAAGACCAGGCAUUUCCUGGAUUACCUGCAAGAGUUCCUUGGCGUGAUGAGUACAGAGUGGGCAAUGGAAGUCUGA